AUGCCAAACAUUCCCGAAGAGUGCUUGGAUUACCACAUCAUUAUAAACCCUGUCUCCGGUGUGGGAUCAGCUCCAAAGUUUGUGGAGGACCAUGUCGUUCCGCUGCUCGAUGCCGUCAACUCGCGAUACCACGUCCACACCACUAGCUCUACUGGCGACGCCGGCCGUAUUGGGCGAAUGAUCAAACUUGAACAUUCCCCACCGUUCCGCGUCAUCAUCGCAGGCGGCGACGGCACCGCUCACGAGAUGAUGGAGGGCAUCAUUGGCGACGGCGAGGUCGGGAAAUGGGACCUGGCAGUGCUUCCUCUCGGAACUGCCAACGCCCUCCACUCGACACUUUUCCCACCCGGUAGCCCGCCAGUUGCCGUGCCUCCCCAGCUUGAAGCAUAUGUGCCGGAGUCCGCCGAGGACCGGCAGAAACUGGCGUCUCUGAUCCUCGCGCUGUCAGACGCCAAGCCUCGCAAGCUGCCCAUCGUCCUCACGCAACUCCAGCCCAAUGCCAAAGACGCAUCCUCUGAACAACCCCCUGCCCCGAUCCCGAGCCAUAUCGUGCUCUCAACGUCCCUCCAUGCGGCUCUCCUGGACGACAGCGAGGCCCUCCGCGCCGCCAUCCCAGGCUUGGAACGGUUCAAGGCCGCCGCCGCGCAGAACAUUACCGUGUUCUUCCCGGCCCGCGUCGAGUUGAUACCUGCCAAUGGCGGAGUCCAGCAGCUCGACCCGGCUACAGGUGCGUGGGUAGCGGCGUACAGCGGCGUCGGCGCGCCCGAAGGCAAGCACGUCUUGGAAGGGCCGUUCGCCUACUUCCUCUCUACCGUGACGACCGACCGUCUUGAGCCCAGGUUUGUCAUUGUGCCCACAGUGGCCGACCCCGGCGAGGGUACGAUGGACAUUGUGGUUAUGCGCCCACACCGCGACCCGCUAGUCCAGGCAGCGCUCGCUGCUGGUGGAGACGGGACGGACGUGUGGCCUGCUCGAAUCUCAGAGGUCCUCACCGCCGCCUACGACGAGGGCAAGCAUGUACGCCUCGUGUAUGACGAGUCGGGCAAGAUUGUGCCGGCUUCAAAGCCGGGAGACACGAACGUGACCGUGGAGACGUUCCGGUGUAAAGGAUUCAAGUGGGCUCCGACCGACAGCACACAUGCCAAGAGUCACCUCGUGUGCGCUGACGGAUCAAUCUACACUAUCCCCGAGGGCGGCAGCGCCGAGGGAACCGUCAUGGACCAGUCUAGCGACGAGCAUGGUUUUUGGGUAUGGGGAGCAUGA